GAGUUCACAGCUCAUCCAGAGCUCUUUUUCCCUCUCUGAACUUGUUCCACACACAAAGAUUCCGAAGACUCACCACCCUUGAAUACGCAGGUGCCUUCGACACUCGGGACUAGAGGGCUGGAGUCAAGGGCAGGUCGAAAGGCAGGAAGAGGCUCAGCACGCAACAGUGUAGCGGAGGCAGAGGAGCACCAGUACCAAGCUACCAGACGCAGUACCCGGUCGAGCUCCCAGCACCAUGGAGGAGGCGUCUGGCACGUCACCCCCGGAGUACGAAGAGUCACCGUCAACACCGGGUUGCUCUUCGAAAAAUCCACUCAAAAGGAACAUCAGCCGGCUGCAUACCCGCCUCUCCCACCUUCACGCACGCACACCCUACCUCCGCUCACUCCCACUCCCAGCGAUCCUGAUCAUAGCCCUGCUCAUCCUGAUCAACCUCCUGGCGUGGGCGAUAUGCGGUCUCAUCCUCGCACGACACACACACCUCCUCUCCACGGCGGCGCUCGCCUACACGCUGGGCCUCCGCCACGCCCUGGAUGCCGACCACAUCUCUGCCAUCGACCUGAUGACGCGCCGGCUCAUCGCGACCGGCGCCCGCCCCGUGACCGUCGGCACAUUCUUCAGUCUGGGCCAUUCCACCAUUGUCGUGGUGACAUCCAUCGUGGUCGCCGCGACUGCCGCCAGCGUCUCCAGCCGCUUCGACUCGUUCGGCACCGUCGGCGGCAUCAUCGGGUCCUCCGUGAGUGCGGCCUUUCUGAUCCUCCUGGGCAUCAUGAACGCGUACAUCCUGUACAAACUAUUUAUGCAGAUCCGCAAGGUCAUCCGUCUGCAGCCUGACCAGGAUCAGGGCGAGGCAUGGAAAGUCGAAGGCGGCGGCUGCCUUUUCCGUGCGCUCAAGAAGGCGUUCAAGCUCAUCGACCGGCCCUGGAAAAUGUACCCACUCGGCGUACUCUUCGGGCUGGGGUUCGAUACGAGCUCCGAGAUAGCCUUGUUGGGCAUCAGCAGCAUCCAAGGCGCCAAGGGCACGAAUAUGUGGCUCAUUCUGAUCUUUCCCGUCCUGUUUACCGUCGGCAUGUGUCUCGUCGACACCAUUGACGGGGCCUUGAUGAUGAGCCUGUACGUUGCGCCCAUGGGCAUGGGUGGGGGUGGGGACGAUAAGAAGGAUCACCUGGAGGCACAGCAGGACUUCGAUCACGCAAUCAUCGCGGCGUCGUCCGCGGAUCCUGACCGACUUGGAAGUGGACCUGAACAUGGUCGUGAACCUGGACAUAGUUUUGAAGGUAUUGGUCAUGUACAUGUUCUGCCCGACAACGACGUCGAACGGACAGCAGCGCCAGCCCAACACCACCAACGACAACAGAGGCAGAGGCAGCAAAAGAACGACCGUACACCGCGGGUCAAAGAUCCAUUGACGUUCCUGUACUAUUCCAUCGUGUUGACGACGUUGACAGUCAUCUGCGCGUUCAUCAUCGGCAUAAUCCAGCUUCUGACGAUGAUUCUCAACGUCGCGACUCCGCACGGGAAAUUCUGGGACGGCGUCGAGGUCGCGGGCGACAACUACGAAAUCAUCGGAGGCGCCAUCUGCGCGAGUUUCAUUGUCUUUGGCGGGAUCAGCGUCCUCUGCUACAAGCCCUGGAGGCGGUGGGUCGAUAGGAAGAGGGACCGUUUGAGAAGCGAAGCAGAAGCAACAGACGCAGGUGGCCAUGAGCGAAGAGAAAGAGACUUUAUUCUGGAAGACGAAGUAGAAGAUCUUGUCUCACCACCGGACCAUGGCGAAGCAGAGGAAUUGGUCGAGGUCCAGGUUCAGGGAAAGACGCCGACCGAACGAGUAGGCGUAAAGGCUUGGGAGGCGGACGACGAAAACAUGGACAUCCCUGGCGCAAGCGGUGGCACGAGAUGAGAUGGGAACUUUUCCUGGCGCAUUCAAGUGAGGGUCAUGGGGGUCAAGAUCGUUAAAAGACUUAAAUAUCUUCAGAUUUAUACAACUCGGUACCGAAGCGGCAUCGCCUGCAAAUGCUCUAG